AUGACUGUCACCACAAACGGAACCACCUUUUCCCACAUCUCUAUCAAGCCUUUGCACCGGACUUUCGGUGCCGAGGUCAGUGGUGUGGACUUUUCGGCUCCCUUGACGGAUGAAGUCUUCAAGGAGAUACAUCAAGCUAUAACAAAGUAUGGUGUCCUCGUCUUCCGCAACACCGGUCUCACAGAUGAGGGGCAUAUCGAUUUUUCUAAGAAAUUCGGAGAGUUGGACGACGUGAAGCCAUAUAUCAGCGCUGGUCGGAAACACCGUCUCAAAUACGCAGAGCUCUUCGAUGUCAGCAAUGUUGAGGCCGAUGGGACCAUCCUUGACCCCACAAGCCCACGUUCCCAAGCAAACAAGGGUAAUGACCUCUUCCAUGUGGACUCAAGCUUUAACCCUCGCCGGGCCGGAUACUCCCUUCUCCUAGCACACGAGCUGCCACCUAGUGGCAUGGGUGGCCACACUGCCUUUGCAGACACGAGGACGGCAUUCGACGAUCUCUCGCCGGAGCUUAAGGAGCAGCUAUUGGCCAAGAACUACAUUGCUUGCCACUCUAUGCACCACUCUCGCAAAAAGGCCGCCCCCGAGGCCUUUGCCGGGAUCAACCCGCUCGAUUACCCUAUGGGACGGCACCAAUUGGUGCAGCGCCACGAGGCAUCCGGUCGUAUGAAUUUGUACCUUGCGGCCCACAUUCACCAUAUUGAAGACCUUACUCCCGAGGAAUCACAGGCGUUGUUUGACCAGCUGUUCAAGUACGCAACUCGCAAUGAGAAUACCUUGGAGAUUGAGUGGGAGCAACCGGGCGAUCUGGUUCUUUGGGAUAAUACUUGCACUAUGCACCGGGCUGUUGGAGGGCCUUUCGUUCGGAAAUACAAGCGCGACAUGAGACGGACGACCGUUCACGAUUCAAGCUCGACGGCUUGGGGAUUGAAUGAGCACACUGAUGUGAGGCAAGGACUUCCUUGA